AUGUCUAAACAAACCAACAAGUUAAUCUUUCGCAACUUCUUAACCCCCGAUUAUCCGUCGACCAAGGCGACUGCGUUCACGCCAGAUAUCAUCCCACAUUAUGGCAACACAAUCGAUCCGGCACAUUUGAUCGACGAAUAUCGCCUGUUCAUCAGCCUACCCGUCCAACCAAAUGAGAUAAACAACGUGUACAUACGAGGAAAAACGACCUCCAAUAUGUCGCAAGAAUCUAAAACUGCUGUUGUUCUUCGAGCCGUACCUAGUGAGCUCAUCUUGUGGCCUCAAGUGUGGAACAAAGUGAAGCCUACUGGCCCGGGGCCCUUGGUUAUGGAUACUUCUACCCCAAACAAAGUGGUUGCUCCGGCUACGCCUUUCCAAUUCACGCCAUCCAAUAUGUGCGGUUUCAACUUUGCAUUAAUUGCCACACAGGCUCCAGUACCGAAAAUGGAACCAAACACCCGUCUGAGGGAUGCGUUGCCGUCUCCUCCUGCGGAUGUUAAGAACUGGAAAGAGUUCGUCCAAUUUUUGAACAAUGACAAUUCAACAGUCUACUAUAAUGUCAUUGUUGCGGAUCCAAAAGCUCCUGUAAUCAGUGUCUCUACGCGUCUUCGUGUUGUAGACGACGGCACUGUCCCGCUUGACUUCAGAAUUACCAUUGAGACCUCAAUGAUGCCAGAGGGAACCUUUGUAUCUCUCUCUUCUUCAACUGGCAUAGUCAGCCUUCAGAAGUCUGUUUUGGUAGAUGAUAUUGGAGUUCGGGUUAAUUUAGCGCCCGGGUUCGACGACACCAUUACUCUUAAUAUCUUCCCAGGACCCGAGGACACCAUCGAGACAUUCGCCUGGGUAUCUCUUCAGGCCAGUAUUGUUACACCCCAGACAGAACCUGCCGGAGGCACCCCAAUCAGCAAUGUUGUCUUGCUUGGCGCUCUGAACAUCGUUUUCCAUGAUGACGCUACCACUAAUUUGAGGCACGCAAGUCAUGCAGCAAACGAGCUUAGGAAGCAUGUUAUUCAGGCACAGGCAGAAAACAAGGUCGACAUGGUUCAUGCUGCUGCUGCCAUUGCCCAGAAUACGAAUGUGAGAGGUUCUGCAACUGGAUGGUGGUUCCGUGAUGCUAUGGGAGAUCCAAACUACUUCCCACGGACAGUUAGUUUGUGUCAUUCACCUGACAUUCAACCCGUAGGCACAAGGCCUAUGUCCAAUUCUCAACAAAUUCUCGGUUGGUCAAAUUCCAAUGUGGAUUAUACCGACGUGAAUCGCGUAGCUCUUCAACAAGGAGCGCCGAACUACAUUUAUCUGCGUGGGAAUUGCACUUUGGGCAACGAUUAUCCUGUGCAAAUGCGACUCUUCUAUGUCCCAAACGCUUUGCUCCUUUACCCACCUAUGUAUUCACAGUUCUCAGUCACUGACCUGGACGAUCAUAGCGACCCAUUUACCGCUAUUCGAACCAUCAAGUCUACGAACUACAACAGUUUCAAUGUGGUGGACAAGGCCUUCGACCUCUUAAACCCUUUGCCCCCACCGCCGGGAAGUGACCACUACUGUCUCAUUGCCGAGGCCCGCAGUCCUACUUUUGACAAUCCUGAUCCACACUGGCCACAUGAAGACACUGGUGCAUUUGGCUCAGGUGCCGGGUUCAACGCAUGGAUUGGUAGUACUCCUACUGUCAGCUGGAGAAACAUUGGUUAUCAAUCCGGCGGUGCUCAGCUCAUAGUUAGUACGAAUGUCACCAUUCCGCCUUAUUUAUACUCGUCGUCUACCAACUGGACUGUGGAAGUAGACGCCCAGAAUGCCCCUGUCGGUUCUUCUUGGGCGUUAACUGGAAACGGGCCUUCGAUCCCAGGUCUCGACAUCGGGUUUUCUCUCUCGCCAAUUACGUCUUCAAACAUGAUCCAAGGAUGCCACUUUACUGGACUUCCGGUUACCGGAUAUACGUUCUCUGCCGUACUGCAAUGGUUCUCCAAUGGUAAGACUGCUGGAGACAACAUGAAAAUCUCUUUGCUUCUGUAUACGACCGACGCAGGCCCAGGCCCUGGGCCAAUCCGGUUUAAAGAAGCCACUCCUGCCAAGACUCUUCCCAAAGAGGCAGCCAAUUGGCCAUUUACGGUCGGUAUACAUCAUCCAGGAAUAGAAGACAAAGGCGACGGCAAAAAGAAACACACAAAAUAUUUGGGACAUCGCUUCAAGAAGGCCGGGGCCAACCAUUGGCCUCAUAUGAAGGUGGACAAAAUAACCAAGUUAACCGGUAUCGUGCCUACUCGCAUCUAUUCUAUUGGAUCGGACCACUGGAACGUGAGGGUCUGA